AUAUCAGCUUUUCUUAAAACAGUUUUGGAAAAAGACUAGAAAGACGUAAAAGCUAUGCCACUCAGUAACAAUACUUUUAGCAGAAGAAUAUUCGAAAUGAGUGAAGAUGUUGAAAUACAACUUGUUGAGAAGCUGAAAACAAGAAAAUUCUCACUGCACAUGGAUUCAUCAACUUUGAGAGAAAGUGAGGCCGUAUUGAUAACUUAAAAUAAUAUAUAUUGAUAAAGGGCAUUUUGCUUAAGAAAUGUUUUUCUGUGAAUCAUUAGAAAGCAACACUUUCAUCAAGAAUAUAUAUAUAAUAAUUAAACAUUACUUAGAUGUCAAUAAUAUA